AAACGGAAGACACAUGCGUCCUUGGUUCCGGUUUAGAAAUUAAGGUUGAAGAGGUUAACUUGAGCUCUUUUAAUUGUGACAAUUUGCUCUUAAUUGUUAGUUCUUAAUUUAAUUUCUUCACAGAUUUAGUGUUAAAUUGUGCUCCAAUCAUCAUGAGUAAGGAUAGUCAAACUUAUAGCUGUGAAUAUGGUUCUGCCAAAUUCUAUGCCCUCUGUGGUAUUGGGGGUGUUAUCAGUUGUGGUUUAACUCACACUGCUGUUGUACCUCUUGAUCUGGUCAAAUGUAGAAUUCAAACUAACCCAGAUAAAUACAAGUCUAUUGUAAAUGGGUUCAAAAUUUCAGUUAAAGAGGAAGGACUUCGUGGUUUGACCAGAGGUUGGGCACCAACUGCUAUUGGUUAUUCUAUGCAAGGUCUUGGUAAAUUUGGUUUCUACGAACUUUUCAAGAAUGUUUAUAGCAAUGCUUUAGGAGAAGAGCUUUCAUACACUUGGAGAACGUCUCUUUAUUUAGCUGCUAGUGCUUCAGCUGAGUUCUUUGCCGAUAUUGCUCUUUGUCCCAUGGAAGCUGCUAAAGUUCGUAUUCAAACUUUACCUGGCUGUCCAAGUCAACUUAGAGUUGUUGCUCCAAUGAUUUUAAAACAAGAAGGUAUUGGAGGUUUUUACAAGGGUCUAUCUCCACUUUGGAUGAGACAGAUUCCUUACACUAUGAUGAAAUUUGCUUGUUUCGAGCGAACUGUUGAAGCCAUUUACGCUAAUCUUGUACCCAAACCCCGAGACCAAUGUACUAAGGGAGAGCAAUUGAUUGUGACAUUUGCUGCUGGUUAUAUUGCUGGUGUUUUCUGUGCAAUUGUAUCUCAUCCUGCUGAUACUGUUGUAUCUAAAUUGAAUCAAGAAAAGGGUAGCACUGCUAUUCAAGCUGCUAAAAAAUUAGGAAUGUCUGGACUAUGGAAAGGUUUGACCCCCAGGAUUAUCAUGAUCGGUACCUUGACCGCUCUUCAAUGGUUCAUCUAUGACGCUGUUAAGGUGGUUCUCGCUAUUCCUCGACCUCCACCUCCAGCUAUGCCCGAAAGCUUGAAACGAAAGCUCGCUGAGAAACAACAGUAAUUCUCUCUCUCUCUUCCAAUCCUUUCCUCUGUCUUUUAAUGUUUCUCUCAGUAAAAGUAUAUUUAAUUUUUGAACUAUCUCUCAAAAAUAUAGUUAACUAAUACUACUGUUGAUGGUAUUGCUAAUAGACACCAAUCCAAUCAAAUAGUUGCAAUUUAAUUUGUAUUAUUAUUGAACCCUUUUUGUUUGAUCAAACUGCUUAAUUGUUUCUCCAAUAACAACAAUCAAUCAUUUAAAUCAA